ACGGAACAUCCACUAGUAUCAACUUAAUGCAGGGCCAUCCAAGUAGAAGGAUGCGAGCUUAAUGCGUUCUUCCUCCGGCGUUGCCAUCAAAACGAGAAACGUCUAGCUUUACCGGAGAAUGUUGGACGGGGUGAGAUGUGGUGUUGGUGGGAUGAUUGAGGUGGUCCAGAAUGGAGUCAACUUUGCAGGCAAGUUCAGAAUGGUGGUCAGACCAAUUGAUAAAAGCAGGGACCUAGCCCAGGUGAUGGCCUUGUUUCCAGGAUAAAGUACCUCCUAUGGAACUGAAUUUGGUCUCGUAGUCGUUCAGGUAUUGGGGUUGUGCCACGUUCCUCUUGGGCCUACUUGUGUGGGCUUCGUGCAUAUUACUAACAUAUACCCACUUCUAAAAGAAUCUGGAUAUGAGAGCAUAGUAUUUAAUUCGUCCAUUGCAGCUGUAAAGGCUUUUCCCGUUUUAUCUGCUUAUUCAGCCUCUAAAGGAGCCAUGGGUCAAUUCACCAAGAAUGUAGCAUUGGAGUGGGCAAACGAUAACAUAGUGCAAAUGCUAUAGCACCACGAGGGGUUGUGACUACACUCUUGGGGUCUUACAUCGGAGCUCAUUGAAGAGACAAAAAACAAUGGCUGAAACAAAGUUGAGCAUGAUGAAGGACAAAAGAUGGUCACUCCGUGGAAUGACUGCUCUCGUCACAGGAGCCACCCGAGGCAUAGGGCAUGCCAUUGUUGAAGAAUUGGCAGACUUUGGAGCAACUGUUCAUAUAUGUGCACGUAAUCAAGAUGAUAUUGAUAAGUGUUUAGAAGAGUGGAAAAACGAGGGACUUAAUGUGACUGGCUCAGUAUGUGAUUUACAAUGUUCUGACCAACGUAUAAGAUUAAUGGAAGUUGUUGGCUCCAUCUUUCACGGAAAGCUCAACAUACUAGUGAACAAUGCUGGAAGAUGUAUAGCAAAGACAAUAUUGGAUUCCACUGCGGAAGAUAUAUCAACCACUAUGGGCACCAAUUUUGAGUCAGCUUAUCAUUUGUGUCAACUUGCACACCCACUUCUAAGAGAAUCUGGGUACGGGAGCGUAGUAUUUAUUUCGUCCACUGCAGGUUUAAGGGGUUUUCCCUUUUUUUCUGCUUAUGCAGCCUCUAAAGGAGCCAUGAAUCAAUUCACCAAAAACUUAGCAUUUGAAUGGGCAAAGGAUAAUAUCCGUGGAAAUGCUGUCGCAUCUGGACCUGUUAUGACUGUCCUUAUGGAGGGUGUCAUGAAUUCUUCAGAAGUGAGCGACGUUGUGAAUGCAGCAACGUCUCAAUCACUUGUUGGUCGCAUGGGAGAAGCUAAACAGAUAUCAGCAUUAGUUGCUUUUCUUUGCCUUCCGGUUGCAUCAUACAUCACUGGACAAGUUAUAUGUGUUGAUGGGGGUCUCACAACUUAAUUAGUAUUCUGUUAAUUACUAUCAUUUGGCUGCUGAAUUAAAUUCUAAUGUAUGCAGUUGGUGUUUCCUCCAACCCAUUCAUGCUUUGUAUAUCAUUGGCUGGGUUUAAUUAUUUCUUGUUUUUAAGCAUAUCCAUGUGCCUUUUGUUCUGUCUCGUGUAGUGUAUUUCUUUUGUCCCAAAUCAUUGAACAAGGAUUAACAAUUAUUACUUACCUUCUCCCUCGUUACCCCAUGUUAUCUUAAUUUGUUGUUAAUAAAUGAAACCUCGUACGUUGUACCUCGUUUGUAGUAA